AUGUCGUCUUCUUCUUCGUCUCACGUACAUGUAUGCCAUGUUUGGGCUGCAAACCUGGAGGAGGAGUUUCGUCACAUCGACAAGUGUCUGCAUCCCAAUUGCCGCCAGUUCACCUUCGUUUCGAUGGACACCGAAUUUCCGGGGACAAUUUACAAUCCCGAAGGGGUACGGGAAUCUACCCCGUUCGGCGGAACCGGUCUGGAGCAAAUUUGGGAAUUCAACUUUCAGUUUGAUUCCGCCGUCGACCCCCAUAACAAGGAAUCCGUAUCCCUACUCGAAAAACAAGGGAUCGAUUUGUCACGGAACAAGAAAUACGGGAUCGACCCUCGCGAGUUCGCCAUGCAGUUCAAGUGCUCGGAGCUAGGGCGGCGGUCGUAUUAUGGCAGGGUGGUUUGGAUCACCUUCCACGGGCUGUACGAUUUCGCGUACUUGACAAAGAUUCUGAAUGGCGGGGAAUUGUUGCCGGAUGAUUUAGAUGAGUUUAUGAGGCACGUGUGGAAGUAUUUCAAAGGGAAUGUGUACGAUUUGAAGAGCAUGAUUCCGUUCGUCGGACUUCACGGGGGUUUGGAAAAGGUAGCUCGGAGUUUGAACGUGAAGAGGGUCGUCGGAAAAAGACACCAGGCAGGCUCCGAUAGCUUGCUGACGAUGCAUGCGUUUUUUGGGUUGAUGAGGAGUUGUUUGGAGAAGGGGGGUUGUGACCCCCGCGGUGUGAACUUGAUGGUCGCUGGAAGAACCGGUUUGGAGAUGAUGCAGACAUUAUUCGGGUUGUUCGGGUUGAUGAAGAGGAAUAGCUGCUCCGGUUCGGACGGGUUGCUGAUGAUGCAGACGUUAUUCGGGUUGGAUGCUCGUCCCGUCUUUUGA